CGAUCCGGACGCGGGUCCGGCCGUUUUGCAUGCGCACAAAGCAUACUGUAGUUGGCCUAGUGCAUUUAAUCGUUGAUGGGCGACCAGUGCUAUCCUGCGCCUCUGGAACUUUGUUGCGGCAAUAUCCCCGCACAGUACACUGCGUGUGGCACAGUAAGCCUGUCUGAACGGGACUUCUGAAACGAGGAUCCAGUAGACAUACGCCGAAAAAAGUGAACGAGCGGCGGUCCAAAGUUGGGAUGAACAUGUAUAUGUGUACGUUGGGUCGUGUGUAUGCCGGCAGUAAAGAUAGCGCAUCUGCAUAUUUUUAGUCCUCAUUGACUGUCAAUGCUAAAUUGCCGCGAUAUUGCUGAAGUAUGCAGCUGUUCUGUACAUUGCCAGCUGACUGUCCGGAAAGGCUGCAGCAAAAAAAAGCAUACUUGUACGCGCCGCUGACAUGCUUCCUAAUCGCAAACUUUCAUCCAGCCAUAACGUAUGGCGUAGCGUAUAUGCACAGUGUUCUGCGUCGUGGCAUUUGUACUAUUCUUCUUUGAUCCGCGUAGCUGCAGCUGUGUUAGCGCAUGGUCGAUAGUGAUUCCCUGUCUGUCCCGUUGCAGCCUUGAUCGAAAUGUUUGUUUUAGGGAAAAAAUUCAGCAGAAGUUUAUUUUGCUAGCGCUGCACCAUCCACAAACUGACAACAUUUCGAUAGCUUUCGCUCAAAACACACGCCUCAUGUAAUACCUUCGCAGUUUCAAGUUGGAUAUAUAUGCGAUUAUCGCGGAGUUUCGUAGUAGUGAGAUGCAUGCGUGCGAUUGACAGUUUAUGGCAAAAACGGCAAAAUUGCUGCACUGUGCCGGUGUGCGGCUUUUAUUCUUCUAAUUGGCUCUUAUUGUUGGAUGGUGUAUUGCUUUAUUCGCAUUUGGUUUGCUGUGGACGCAGCUUGGGAAUCUGUUGUCAAUUAGAACGGAUUAAAAACUUGAAUGCAUGGUACAAAUGCCGCUGUAUUACGCAUUGUGGAACAACGUGACGGUAUCUUGCGUGGAGGGCGUACAUCAUGGAUCAGGCGUCCGAUAAACUAAUUAAUGACGGACAUCGUGUCGGCGAUUUCGUCGAUGACACUUCCGCUAACAGGAAGCCGACUAAUGUUGUUGCUCUUCAAGAAGAGAUAAACCACCAAACUUCUCAAAAAGAUAGGCGGGACAAUCACUUUCCACCGGAGCGAAGUGAAUCGCGGGAAAGUGGAAUAACACGCCGUAGCAGCAUUAUGAAGGACAAUCGGCCGCGGAAUCGUGUUAAGAAGACGGUUUCCUUCACGAGUAUGCCCAGUGAGAAAAAAAUUACGAGCGUUGCUGACUGCUUGGCAUUCAUGACACGCGGAACGAAACUGAUAAAAGUUCGGUCGAAUUCAAGACAGUAUUGGAGAACGUUUACUCUCGAUACGGACAGAUCGGCCAUUCGGUGGACUCCCACAUCUAAAAAGCCGGACUUGGCUAAAGUCUCCAUAGCUUCAAUGAAGGAGAUCCUUAUUGGCAAGCGCACGGAAGUCUUUCGCAACCGUGACGCGGCGGAUUGCGCCGGAGAGUGUGCAUUUUCCGUGGUGUACGGUGAUGAUUAUGAAUCGCUGGAUUUAUUGGCCAGCAGUCCGGACGAAGCCAACAUUUGGGUGACUGGAUUAAUGGCCUUAAUGGUGUCGCUCAAUGGAUCGUCUGUGCAUAAUCUCAAUUCCAACCACUUGGGCUACGACGAGCGCGACGCGUGGCUGUCGGAAUGCUUCCAGUCGGUGGCCGAUGUCUUUGACACCGACAAAACUUUGUCGGAAGAUCAAGUUGCCGCAUUAAUCGCUGAUUUAUGCCCCACUCUGCCACUUAGUAAAAUUAAACAGCGGAUAAAAGAAUUUCAAAGUACAAAAGUGGACGAAGGGUUAACAUCCAUCGAUAUGAACGCGUUCAUCGAGAUCUACAAGGAGCUGGCCACCCGACCGGAAAUCUACCAUCUGCUCAUUAGGUAUGCAAAUAAGGAAUACAUGACCGUGGAUGAUCUAACGACGUUCCUGGAGUCAGAGCAAGGCAUUACUAACGCUUCGCGAGAGUAUGCAGUUGAUGUGAUAGAGCGUUUCGAGCCAUCUGCUGCGUCAAGGUCCAAUUCCCAUCUUCACAUUGAGGGGUUAACGCGGUUUCUCCUGUCGGACGAGUGCGACAUAUUUGACCCGGUGCACCGCGUUGUUUGUCAGGAUAUGACACAGCCGCUUCCGCAUUAUUUUAUUGCUUCCUCCCACAACACGUAGGUCACAGAACAGCAAAGCUCUUUAAUGGACAUUCGUAAUUGUUUCUGCAAUAUUGCGGUCGUACAUAAUCACACACAUGUUAUCACAGAAGUUAAAUCGCACACACGGCAUUGUGGUUUAUCAUUUAAUCCUUCUUCUUAAAACUUUUUAACAGAAUGCUUUAUAACACUGCUAUGAAAAUUAAAGCAGGUAUUAAUUGGCCCUGUGCAGAUCAUAUCUGUGCGACGAUAAGC